AUGCUUGCAAUUAUAAAGUAUUAUCCGGCAGUAAAUAAACAGCUCUGGGAUGAUUAUUCCUGUAAGCUUGUUGCUGCUAGCUUCUAUUACUUUGCCAUUAGCAACAUGUUUCUUGUGGGCUCUUUAUCCGUUCUUAGCUAUUUCAGAGUGUGCAGGACUGUAUAUUACGAAUUAGGGUGGUUGGAUUACAAAUUAUUUUUAUUCCCAAUUGUUUUACCUGCUGUAAUAACUGCACCG